GUCAGCGGACAGCGGCCAUGGCAAGACCUUUGCCUUCUAAGUCUUCACUGCAAAAAAAAACUUCCAUGUUGGCGGGAGAGAGCUCCAUUCAAAAUUCUCAGAGACCGUCCUCAUCAAGACCAAUGUCAUCGGAUCAUAGGCAACGGGUAGUAGAACAGAGAGAGGUUUCCCCUGACAUCGCCACACCCCAAAAUGGAGUUGUCCGUUUCUUCAGGACUUUAUUCAUCAUUUCCUGCUCCUAAGUAAUUUCGAAGAUGGUGUAUUGUCAUCUUCAUUUAUGGUUGGGCUUCUUAUUGCAUCACCAAUAUUUGCUUCAUUGGCAAAAAGCUUCAAUCCUUUUAGACUUAUUGGAGUAGGUUUAACUGUUUGGACUGUUGCAGUUCUUGGUUGUGGCAGUUCCUUUGCCUUUUGGUUUAUCGUCUUAUGCCGUAUGUUCGUUGGUGUAGGUGAAGCUUCUUUCAUUAGUCUUGCAGCUCCAUUUAUAGAUGAUAAUGCUCCUCAGAAACAGCUUGAUCGUGUCACUGCUACAAUUCCAAAUGCUUUCAAGCUCUUAUCCGGAGCAACAUUUCUCGGGGCGGUAUUAUGCUUCACUGCAUUUACCCUGAAGAGUUUGUACGGUUUCAUCGCUAUCUUUGCCUUAGGAGAGCUUCUUGUGUUCGCUACACAGGCUCCAGUGAAUUAUGUGUGUUUGCAUUGUGUGAAGUCAAGUUUAAGACCAUUAUCAAUGGCUAUCUCCACAGUCGCAAUUCACAUAUUUGGCGAUGUUCCUUCUUCACCUAUUGUCGGUAUCGUUCAGGAUCACAUCAACAGUUGGAGAAAAACCGCGUUGAUGCUUACAUCGAUUCUGUUCUUAGCCUCUGCAAUAUGGUUUAUAGGGAUAUUCAUAAACAGUGUAGAUCGAUUUAAUAAUCAAGAAGAAACUGGAAGUGAGAGCCUGAGGACGCAAGAACAAUCGAUUGUAAAUCCAUGAUACUACUUAAGCUAAAUAGGAAUCUGUCUCUAUUAAAAAUUUAACUAGGGUCUUGUACAGAUCCAAAUUAUGUUCUGUUUUUCUAUUCAGGUAAAGAGUUUUCACAAGGAUGAAAUAAAAUA